CCACAGUAACAGUCACUUGGGAGUCUGCUGUGACUGAGGAUAAAGGGCAGGCAGCUAGACUGGCAGUGGGUAUUCAACCACCAGAGUCCCAAGAUCAACGGAGGGAAGGCUCUCCUUUGCCCUGGGUGAGGCCGGCUCAGCUUCCCAACUCAUCAGGAUUGUUAUUGGAAUAGAUUUGGUCGUGGGAUCUUCGAUUUUAGACCUGGAAAGAGAGACAAUCUAGUCUAACCUCAUUUUAUGGUGGACGAUUAGGGAAUGAAAGUAGGGGCCCGGAAGCCAGGAUACCUGAGUCCUUUGCCAGGAUCUCUGUUCUUGGAGUGAGCAUUUGCUGCCAUCAACAAAAGAGGUAGCUGGCAUUUCUUCUCUGAGAAGAAUUCUCUGAGAAUCUUUGGUUGUACCCUUCUCCCUUCACAAGAGGACUGGUCCCUAAGUAUCUGGGAACACCCCCUCUCCCAGUCAACCUGUCUUUCCAGUUGUAUACACCAGGACUGAGACCUAGGAUUCCCCAGGUGCAGCAUCAUACCCCUUUUGUUGUCUUGAUUCUUGUAGCCUCUUCCUCGGGAAGGCUACUUGGCUGGAGCUCUGUGAUGUUGCUCCGAGGAUGUCUUUUCAUCAUGCUGGAUGUCCUUCUGUGGCCAGAGUUCAGGGCAGCCACCAUCUUCCUCUCUCUCCCUACCAGCAUCCUGCCUUUGCAUAUGGACUCGGUUAUCCAUCUAGCACGAAUAGAGCAAGAAGCACCUGUUCUCCAUCCCCACAGCCCUGGUCUACUUUUGAUGUUUGGGGAGUCCAUGGAUUUCUUCCAGCAUAUCCUCCUUUCAGGGGCCCCAUCUCUGACAGAGUUCAAGCUUGACCUUCUUGGUCCAGAACUUCGUGCAUUAGCCACCAACUUAAGCCAGCACCGAGUGGGCUCUGGGCAAGAGCAUGGGGUAGUACUAGCCCCUGAUGGCUCCACAGUGGCUGUGGAGCCUCUUCUAGCAGGGCUUGAGGUUGGGCUCCGUGGUCGGAGGUCUGUGGCCAUUCUCCAGGGGUUCAGACCUUCUGAAGUCCCAACUGCUCAUGAGGAAGGACGCAAAAUCGCCCCCCUCAAAUCAGCGGACCCCCAAGACAUUGGAGACAUUUCCCUGGACCCCACUGUCCUCCCAACUGUCCAUGUGAACCCCCCAACCAGUGUGGAUAACCUCCUGGCUGUCACUCUGACCAGAGCACUGGGCAUAGCCUUCCUCCCAGGCCCUGGGACCCAGACUCCCAAAGGCCUGGGCCCUGAUGGUUGUUGGGACCAAAUCUCAGCCCCAAAGACCUUCUCCCUGUUGUGCUCUGAGGCCCCCUCUGCCCUCACUGUCGCAUUCCUCAAUGGGGCACUGGAUGGGGCCCUGCUAGGGGACUACCUGGGCCGGGGCCCCAAACCCCACCUGCCACUCAGCCACCUACUGACCCAGUACUAUGGAGCAGGGGUGGGUGGGGACCCCCAGUUUCGGAGUAAUUUCCGAAGGGACAAUGGAGCCAAGCUGAUUUUGCAGGAGGCGCUGGUCCAGCAGGUAUGGGGCUCUUUGCUCUUGUUACAAGAGUUAGAGCCCUCUCAUCCCCUGCUGGCAAAUCUGACCCAAGAUCAGCUGGCUGAUGUUGCUGCCCAUGCUGCCAAGGAGUUCACUGAGGCCUUCUUGGAAUGCCCCGCCAUCCCUACCCGCUGCCGCUGGGAAGCAGCUCCUUACCGAGGGAGUCCCACCAUGCUGAACCUACCCUUGGGUUUCCUCUACGUGCACCACACCUAUGAACCCAACCAACCCUGCACCAGCUUCUCCCAGUGUGCUGCUGACAUGCGCAGCAUGCAGCGCUUCCACCAGGAUACUAGAGGCUGGAAUGACAUUGGCUAUAGCUUCGUGGUGGGUACGGACGGCUACGUGUACGAGGGUCGCGGCUGGCACUGGGUGGGGGCCCACACCCGUGGCCCACAACUCCUGGGCUUUGGCGUCUCCAUCAUCGGUAACUACACUACCACACUGCCGCGGCCCACGCCUUGAGGACCGUUCGUGACACCCCUUCCACCGCUGCGCCCUGCGGGCGGCCACCUGCGGCCGGACUACACCAUACACGGCCACCGGCAGCUAGUCCACACUGACAGCCCCGGGAACGCCCUCUACCGGCACAUCAGCACGUGGCCACACUUCAGGGAGGUGAAGAAGAAAACUUAAAGAAGAAGCACCUAUCAGUCUCCUACACACACACACACACACACACACACACACACACACACACACACACACACAAAACGCAAAAAAAAGAGAGAGAGAGAGAGAGAGAGUACAAAAAGGAAAAUUGUUUGCAUAAGUGUGCGGAGCAGGCUACUUUCAGAAAGCUCGCUAGGCUAUCCUGGGCUUGAGUUCUAUUUCCAGUGGUCACGAAUUCUCUGUAUGGCCUUGGAUAAGGCAUUUCCUUUCCUCUGGGGUCUCAGCUUCCUCUUCUAUCAAAUGAGGGCGGGAGUGGGAAUUGUACCAGCUGUACCAAGUGAUUUCUCGGGGUCCUUCACAAGACAGAACGUUCUAUGCUUAAUAUUCUUAGAUCCCUUCCACCUCAAAUAUGCUGUAUUCUUCUAUCCUUCCCGGCUCUGACUUUGUGUACUAAAGUCCCACCUGGUGGGACAUCCUGAGAUUAUUCCCAUUUACUGGCACUUAAGUAUGUACAUGCUUAUCCUUAAGUAGGCACUCAAGUGUCUGAAUGUAUUUCCUGGGGAGUAGAGUGUGAACAUAAUGGGAAAUCAAUCAAUCAGUCAAUAAACAUUUAUUAAGUGACUACACUGUGCCACUGUGCUAAAUGCUAGGGACACAAAUGGAAAAAGAAAGAAAGGAAGGAAGGAAGGAAGGAAGGAAGGAAAAGAAAGAAAGAAAAGAAAGACAAUCUAGUUUACAAUCUAAUGGAAAAACUUUAUGGGUCAAAAUUAGCUGAAGCAGGGAGGGGGGAGGGACGGAUACUGGGUAGAGAUUUAAUGAGGGCAGGUAUCCCAAGCUGGGGCUUGGAAUUUACAAAAUGGUGCAGCCAAAUGAGAAAUGAGAUGUUUGGAAGUAAACUCCCACGUAAAUGGAGGUCUGGAAGUUCGUGGCUCCACCCUCCAAUCCAGAGUGUCGAUGAGGCUGAGUGCCCCGUGGGAUGGGAUCUUGCUGGCCGAUGAGGUUAUCCCAAUGAUGAGCUUCCUGGAGCAUAGUGGAGAAGUCAGAGAUAUCUCAGAGUAGUGCAGCUAGGUGAUAAAUAGAGAAAACAUUAUAACACUGAGAUUUAUAUCCGGAUUUUUCAGGGCAUUUCACAUAUAUGAACUCAUUUGAGCAUUACUACAACCCUUUGAGAUACCCUAGAGGUAUUACCUUCCUUUUACAUAUAAGGAAACUGAGGAUCAGAGAGAUUGUGACUUGUCCAAGGACUCACAGCUAGUAAUUGUCAGAGGGGGUAUUUGAACCCAGGUCUUCCUGACUCAAUCCAGAAAGUGAUCUACCAAACAGGACCCAAGUGCUGUGGCUGCCACACCCUCCCAUAGAGUCCCUCUGGGGACUAGGUAACAGCAAAGAUGGUUCUCCUUGAUUGGCAAACUAGCCUUCUCCUCUCCAGCCUGAAUAUGUGGACUUAGUGAGUUGUGCUGUGUCCAUGAGGUUGACCUAAUUGGAGUGAUAACUUCCUUCUUUCUCUCCCUCCUCCCAACCCCCUUACCUCUAUAUAAUAUGGAAGACACUAGGAUGCUUCUAGCUGAAUCACGGUAGUGUGCAAGGGAAGUGCAUCCGUGGACAUUCUGUAAGUGGUUCCAAGUGAUCUACCAUGUGAUUGGAAGGAAUUUUUUUCCACUGGCUAGGUGCAUCUCUUUGUAGUCUGAGACAGUCUGGCGACUCACUCACAGUGUCCAGUAAGACUAUAUAGUAAGGGGCCUUAAGGACUGAACCCACCCCCAGACCACAUUUCCUGAGAGAGGGUGCCUUUGUCCUUGGCCACCUAAGCAGACAAAGGACUAAGGCCCAUAUUCACAUGGUCAGGCUGAAGCUUCUCUCCUUACGUCUUUGGGUCUCAGUGUGGUCAGCAAUGUAAUCAGAGUGAGAGCAAGGGACUGGCCAAGAGAGAGGAGUGGAAACAAGUGUCCUUUUUAAAAUCUCCACAGCCAAUCAAAGAGCAUCCUAUUCACUGUGAAGUUAGCCAACCAGAAACAGUUACAGAAAGGCUACAAAUGUUCCAAAGUCUCUCCAAGGCCAUGACACAUCCAUUACAAGGCCAUUACACACGUCCUUUACACGUCACCACAACUCUCCUGGAAGGACACUCCCUACAUUCUCCAUGUGGAAAAGUCAUCUCAGCAAGCUGAUGGCCUUUACAUAUGUGUCAGAUCCCCAUUAGACUUGAAACACUGAUUUACAAUUUACCCAUCAAUAAAAGAAAAACUUGACACAGGCCUUAAGGUUAACAAAGCACUUGUUUACACCAUCUCAUUUGUUCCCUGAAAUUAUUAGCGUUCCUUUUUCAGAAGUUAGGAAGCUGAGGCUUGGAGUAAUUAAGUUACUUGAUCAUAGGAAGCCAUUAAAUUCGGCAGGUGAGAUUUGAACGUGGGUCUCUCUUGGCUCAAAGUUUAGCACUCUACACUUUUUCAGAGAGAAAGAUAACUCCAGCCAACUUGGUAUCCUUCAACCCAACACCUUCUAGAGCCAACUAGCACUGCCAACUCUAUUCAGUACUCCAUGUCAACUGAUAGCACCCCUGGAAUCCAUGAGUGUUACCAGCUUAGCCUGGGAUGCCAGCUCUAUGGUCCAGUUGGUAACCCUUGGGGAGGGGAGAGAGGAAGAGCCAGGGAUGGGGUCUGAAUUGCUACAACACUUCUGCAAAUAGAUUCCAGGCUCUUUACUGGCUCACUCCAGCCCCUAUGUUCUAUUCCUCUCCACUCCCAUCCCUGGUACCUGCCACUAUAAAUGAACCCAGAAGGGAAUAAGGAAGUUGUAUUUAAAUAAAACAUGGCUCUCCUUGAAGAAGCAAGUAAAGGAGUUGGUUUUAUCGUGUGUCCAAAGGUGGCAAGAAAUAUCACCUCACGAGACCCUUGGUUAUCUCAGAUUGCAAUACUAUAUAAGCAAGAAGACUACCAUCCAAAGAUAACCAUCUUGUGUUUGACUAUAUAUCUGUAUCUAUAUCUAUCUAUCUAUCUAUCUGUCUAGUUAUGAUGAAUGUAUGGACAACCUGGAUUUUAUGAAACCUUGGAUUAAUAGGAGGAGCAAAAUGCCCUUUGAUUAAACUUCAAACUGAACCCAGAUAGCUAGCAAAUAAGUCCCUAUCUGCUGUCUUCUUUCCUCAGGAUAGUAAGUCCCUAUCUUAUAAAAAUAUUCGGGCAUCCUCCUCCUUGCCAAAACCUUUUUGGGAAUCAUAUAACCUUAUCAUAGUGUUUCUGUUAAGUCAAACUAUCAAACUGAUUGUUAUUUCCUAUAUUCUUGUUAUAACUGAAAUUGUUAAACUGGUUUGCAUUACAUCCAUUCUUGUCAUAGUAUUUGCAUUUAAGUUGAUUUGUAUCAUGCUAAUGAAACUGAUAACACCCUGUAGCCAGUGAACAAAGAAACCUUAUAUACCCUCAGAAAGGGGGAGUCUUCAAGCUCCUUCUUUGGAAGAGGUCCCUGUAUGAUUCAUGCUUGCUUGCUUGUUCUUGGGACAAAUAAA